UCAACAUAGUCCACAAGAGGUGGUAUCCAAUCAGCUGUAAUGCAGUUCACGAUCAUGAAGAUAUUCUUGGGCGAUGAUGAUCUCGCCUUGAUUGCCGAAAAUAUGUGGCGGUGCUUGGUGGGAGUGGACCAUUCCUCGCAAAACAACAAUAAAAAAAACUCGCCAAGACUUUUGCAUGUUCUAUGAAUGGUUUUUCUCACCUGAGAAUCAUCUUGCUCCAUCAGAUAUAAAAGCCACCACCGAAGUUGGGUCGGGCAUCAGUAGCAUUUUGUGUUCAAUCUCAUACGGAUAAAGCCAUAUUGCACAAUUCAGAAUGAAGACAGCUUUUGUGGUACUGUCACUCUUGGCCUGUGUUCUUGCAGCAGAAAUCAGGGAAGAAGUGCCUAUUCUCAGACAGGAGAACGUUGUGGAACACGAUGGAAAAUUUCACUAUGCUUUUGAACUAGGGGAUGGAACCAAAGCCGAGCAGGAUGGUGAGCUGAAGCAAGUGGAUGCUGAGAACGCUGGUGAGAGCGUUAAGGGUUCCUACAGCUUUACUGGUGACGAUGGCAAUACCUACAGCGUUAGCUAUGUUGCUGAUGAAAAUGGAUAUGUCCCAGUGGGUGACCAUCUUCCAGUCGCACCUCCAAUUCCUGAGGCCAUCCAGAAAGCUCUGGCUUACCUUGCUACAGCACCACCUCCAACAGACACAAAGGCGUAAUUUAAACAAGAUGUACCAUACAAAUACUCAGAUGCUGUGAAUUACUUAAUGAAUAAGAAUGUUUGCUCCAAAA